AUGACUAAGACCAUCACAGUUGCUCAUAUCCAGUAUGAUUUUAAAGCUGUUCUGGAAGAAAAUGAUGAAAAUGACGAUGAAUUUUACAUCAAUGUUGACAAAAACCUAAAUGAAAUCAAGGAGCAUAAGAUAGUAGUGUUAGGAAAUAGCAGGGGUGUAGAUGCAGGCAAAGGAAAUACAUUUGAAAAGGUUGGCUCCCACUUAUACAAGGCGCGGUUGGAUGGACAUGAUUUUUUAUUCAAUACUAUCAUAAGAGAUGGUUCAAAGAUGCUCAAGAGGGCGGAUUAUACUGCCGUAGACACAGCUAAACUUCAGAUGAGACGGUUCAUAUUAGGCACUACAGAAGGCGAUAUUAAAGUAUUGGAUUCAAAUUUCAACCUUCAAAGAGAAAUUGACCAAGCUCACGUUAGUGAAAUAACAAAACUAAAGUUUUUUCCAAGCGGUGAAGCUUUGAUAUCUAGUUCACAGGAUAUGCAAUUAAAGAUCUGGUCAGUAAAAGACGGCUCAAAUCCUCGCACGUUAAUUGGACACAGGGCGACAGUCACAGAUAUUGCCAUAAUAGACCGAGGAAGGAAUGUGCUCUCUGCCUCUUUGGAUGGUACAAUUCGCCUUUGGGAGUGCGGCACAGGAACGACAAUUCACACGUUUAACAGAAAAGAAAACCCGCAUGAUGGUGUUAACAGCAUAGCGCUGUUCGUAGGGACAGACAGACAAUUACAUGAAAUUUCUACUUCCAAGAAAAAUAAUCUAGAGUUUGGAACAUAUGGAAAAUAUGUGAUUGCUGGUCACGUUUCUGGUGUUAUUACUGUACAUAAUGUAUUUUCCAAAGAGCAAACUAUUCAACUCCCAAGCAAGUUCACAUGUUCAUGUAAUUCAUUGACAGUCGAUGGCAAUAAUGCAAACUAUAUUUAUGCCGGAUAUGAAAAUGGAAUGCUAGCUCAAUGGGAUCUAAGAUCACCGGAAUGCCCAGUUGGUGAGUUUUUAAUUAAUGAAGGCACCCCAAUAAACAAUGUCUACUUUGCAGCCGGAGCCUUAUUUGUAUCUUCUGGAUUCGACACCAGUAUUAAGCUUGACAUUAUUUCAGACCCAGAAAGUGAACGGCCCGCUAUUGAAUUUGAGACGCCCACCUUUUUAGUUUCCAAUGACGAUGAGGUCAGCCAAUUCUGUUACGUUUCUGAUGAUGAAUCAAAUGGGGAGGUGCUUGAAGUUGGAAAAAACAACUUCUGCGCUUUGUAUAACUUAAGUAAUCCUUAA